AAUGUAGUAUCGUAUACGUUAUAUGGUCAAGAAUAGAUUUAAGAUAUAGAAAUUAAGUGUUUAUUUUACUGACUGAUAAAAUAAUAAAAAAGAUAUUGAAAUAUUUACCGACGGAUUUGUUUUGUGGUUUCAUUUCCUUACUUCAAGGUUCAUAUGAUAAUCUUCUGUAAUUGAUAUUUAGUUUGGUUUUUUAAAGUUAUAUACUUACAAUAGUAUAUAUUAGUGAAUAUUUUGCACCAUUCACCUUACCAGGAUGUUUUUUUCUACAUGAAAAGGAGGUAAAUUUGGCUUCAGAAGAAUGCUAAUGUGACUGUGAAUUAACAAUGACUGACGAGAAGAAAUACAAAGAAUCGCCCAGGAAAUUAUCUCAUUUACAAGUGUCUCGAAAACUAAGCCGAGGAGCAGACGACUCUUUUGAUGCUGAUGACUAUGCUAAUGAGUAUUAUAAUUAUCAAGACAGACGAAGUUCUAGCCAAUCAAUAUCGAGAUUUAAUUCCUGUCCUCAACUCCUUGAUCAGGAUCCAGAAACGCGUCCUGAAUCAUAUGAGCAGACGACUGAUGAUAUAAACACAGGUUUAAGUGCUCCUUAUCUAGAACGACAAUGUGUUUUCGUUCAAGGCCCAUCGCCUGUGUUACAGAGGAAGUUAUAUGUAGAAAAUGGACAAAUUUCGGAUACACCAACACCGCCGUCUACUCCAAAAAGUCGACGAAGCGCGUUCUCUUCUCGUGAAUCGUUGUUGUCGUCACCCGACAAAACAUUUACGUCACCAUUUACGUCCCCAAGACUUCUACUUAGAAAACAAUUAAUUCAAAGUGCUUUAAGUAGAGAUUCGUCUAUCGAUAGCCUUACGGAGAAGUCUACCAGUGAAACUGCCAAAAAAGUUCCGCUAAGUGUUGAAAAUCUGAAUAAGUUUGAUGAAAUCAAAUCAAAGGAUGAGUCUCUUAAAAGUUCAAAAGAGGAUGUGGGUAAAAUACAUCAUAAAGUUCGUGGACGGAGGAGCAUUCAACCGGAAGUUACUGAAACAGUAAAUAAAUGUGAAAACUGGUUACAAACAUUACAAAUUGUGCAGACAGACAGAAUCAAAUCCAGAAGUAAUAUACAACUUCCGCCAAUAUGAAAGUUUAUUUUAAGAUUUAUAUAUUUAGGUGCUCAAGUCAUUUGCCAGUAUUACCAUGAUACAAACUGAAUUUUUGGUCACGUGAUUAAUAUGAUAGCUUUGUUUGAUUGGUCAGUCCUACUAGUUCUUAAAUUUAUUAAAUCAAAAAUUGAAAAAGAAGCAUUAUAAAAGGCCUACAUCAAUUUUGUGUUACAUUAAAAUUGUAUUUUUUUAAUAUCUCGAAAGCUUAUGUCAGAGAGAAUUAACAAGCAACAUUUCAUGAUAUGGUUAAGUCUAUGUUGGUCUUUUGUAUAGUAUUUUUGUUACAUAUAUUAUAUAAAUAUUGAGCUCAUUUAGUACAAAAUAAUUUGCUACUUCAAAUGUUAAAGAAUCAUAAUCAAAAUCAGAUGGACUACAAAUCUGAUAAACAACAUUUCAAACAUCUCUGUAAUAAAACUUAUUAAACACA